AUGAGYACAAGAUCUUUUCUUCUACCCCUUGACCCUGAGAUUGAGCGGACCCUUCGAAAAACUCGAAAGGAGCAAAGACUUCGAAAACAACUAGAAAADCAAAAAGAGAGAGAAGGUGAAAUCAGUCCUGAAAGUGAGGUAGAGAGUACGAGCACAUCAAUGGCAGAUAUUCCACCUCGUGAUCCRGUUGAUCCACCUGCUGUUAACGGUAAUAUGAGGGAUCAUGCRAGAAAUGAUGAAUUCAACUAUAUCCAGAUGGCGGACAACAGAGACGUGGCAAUGCGAGAAUAUGCCGCCACGGCUUUUCAGAACUUUGAUUCAGGGAUAGUCAACCCUAUUCCAGCCCACRCAAACUUUGAGCUUAAACCAAUGAUGUUCCAAAUGUUGCAGACAAUUGGACAUUUUGGAGGGCAGGAACAUGAGGAUCCACAUGAUCAUCUGAAAUCAUUCAUUCAAAUUGCAAAUGCAUUUCGAUUACCUGGUAUAACAGACGAUGCUYUUMRACUAACACUUUUUCCAUUUUCUUUGAAGGACCAAGCUAGARSAUGKCUCAAYGCAUUUCCACYGGGAUCCAUCACCACAUGGGGGUCGUUAGUGGAGAAGUUCUUAACAAAAUUCUUCCCACCUACUCGCCACGCUGAUAUCAGAGAGGAGAUCAUCUCCUUUAGACAGUAUGAUCGUGAACCUGUUCAUGAGGCGUGGGAAAGAUUUAAAGAACUAAUCAGGAAAUGUCYGAACCAUGGCUUGCCGGCAUGCRUCCAGAUAGAACAUUUCUUUAGAGGUUUAGAUCAUCCUACUAAGAUGAUGUUAAACAAUGCUGCCAACGGAGCCUUUACAAAGAAGACAUUCAACGAGAUAGUCGACAUCCUAAAUGACUUAGCUUCACACAACGAACUAUGGUGUUCGCAAAGAUCUAGGGCAGCACCAAAGAAGCAAGAUCCAGCUGGAGUUUUGGCUCUGGACAUUGCGACCUCGAUGCAAAAAGAGAUGGUUACAAUGAACCAGAGGCUGAAAGAAAUGGCGUUGGGAAUAAAAAAUCCAUUAGCCACGYCGAUACAACCUGUGCAGUCGGAUUAUUGCACUCAUGCCCCUGUUUGCCAAGUCAACGAUCUCAUUUGUUGGAGGCACCACCCUAAUUUCUCAUGGGGAGGUCAAGGAGGUUCGAGCGGUUUUAAUCAAGGGCAAAGCCAGCAGAACAAGCAGCCCUAUGUUCCACCUACACAGCAACACAUCCCGCCACCGCAACAACAGUACAAUCAGAGAACACAGACUCCACCAAUUCAAAAUAACAACUCAAAUCUUGAGAAUAUGAUGAAGGAGUACAUGGCCCGAACCGACGCAGUGAUACAAUCCCAAGCGGCAUCAAUGAGGAAUUUCGGGACCCAAUUGGGACAUCUCGCCAAUGAAUUGAAGAAUAGACCACAAGGUUCUUUUCCAGGCCAUACUGAAUUACCAAGACGAGAAGGGAAGGAACAGUGCAAAGCUGUCACCCUUAGGAGUGGACUGACAUAUGAUGGACCAACAAUGCCAACAACAGAUGUACAGAUUCCGUCCACUAAACCAACUGUAAAGAUACCAGAGAAUCCAACAACACCAGAAAAAGAAAAUAUUAGAAAAGGUAAUAAGGACACCUCGAGUGUUCCUCCACAG